CUUGGGAAAGAUCCACCCUAUUGACAUAGAGAGCGACACGUUUCAACUCUCACGCAAGAGUAGAAUAUAAUUUUAAGUAGAGUCGUUUCAAGAGGAUCCCGGUUAAAUUAGCUUUGCACAAAUGGAUCCUUUUACGAUAGUUGCAACGGGUGUAGGUGCAGUCGCCGCAGUUGCUGUAGCUCCUGCUGCUCUAGCAGCUGCUGGUUUCACUGCAGGAGGAGUUGCUGCGGGUUCUUACGCCGCCAGUUUGAUGUCAACUGCAGCUGUGGCUAACGGUGGAGGGGUCGCAGCUGGAUCUGUGGUAGCAGUUCUUCAAUCAGCAGGUGCAGCGGGAUUGUCUGUUGCAGGUCAGGCCGCUGUCGGUGCGGUGGGGGCCGCCAUGGGUGCAGUUGCAAGCUUUUUUACCUGAGGACAUGAGCUUUGUGUAUUAUCAGAUUUGCAAGCAUGGUUAGCAACAGCACUGCAUAACUGAGGAGCUGAGCUUUGUGUAUUAUCAGAUCUGAGCUUUGUUGUAUAUAAUCACAUUAUAUA